AUGGACUUCGUUAGUAGGUUAACUCUAACACCCACUAACAAAGAUUCUGACUGGCUCAUCGUUGAUCGAUUGACCAAGUUUGCUCACUUCAUUCCAGUCAGGACAGACUUUUCUCUGCAAAAGUUGGCUAAACUCUACAUUUCUAAAAUAGUGAGGCUACAUGGGGUACUUGUCUCAAUCAUCUCUGAUAGGGAUCCUCGCUUCAUUUGGGAGGAGUACUUUCCAUUACCAGAGUUCGCUUACAAUAGUGGCUAUCAGUCUAGUAUACAGAUGGCACAGUACAAGGCACUGUAUGCUCGUCUGAAGCAUCGAGAGAUUGAGUAUUUUGUGGGGGACUUUAUGUUUCUGAAGGUCUCGCCAUGGAAGAAGGUUUUGUGGUUCGGCCGCAAGGUCGCUUAUAAGUUGGAGCUACCUUCAGAGUUAUACCACAUUCACGAUGUGUUCCACGUCUCGAUGUUGAGGCACUACCGCUCUGAUCUCACGCACAUCAUCCCUGUUGAAGAGAUUGAGGUUAGGCCAGAUCUGACCUUUGAGGAGGACCUAGUUCAGAUUCAGGAUUGUGACGUAAGAGUUCUGAGGAGGAAAUAUAUCCCUUUAGUGAAGGUUCUGUGGCAGAAUCAUAGUACUAAGGAGGCCACAUAG